UCAUUUCUUUUUUUGUUCUGUGGACUUUUGGUAGAACCCAGUUUUCUGGUUUUCUGAUUUUGAGGCUGAAAUGGCAGAUUAUGUGGUGAAAGUUGAAGAAGGUAAGCCUGCUGGGGAUGGGAAGCCGUCUGCAGGACCUGUGUAUAGGUGCAUUUAUGCUAAAGAUGCUCUCAUGGAAAUGCCUGCUGGAUUGGAGUCUCCCUGGGACUUCUUCAGUAACUCUGUCAAGAAAUACCCAAAAAACCCGAUGCUUGGUCGCCGUCAGAUUACUGACAAGAAGGCAGGUUCCUAUGUCUGGAUGACAUAUGAAGAGUCUUACAAUACUGCCAAAAAAAUUGGCUCUGCUAUCCGAAAAUGCGGUGUCAACCCUGGUGAUAAGUGUGGCAUAUAUGGUACUAACUCUCCGGAAUGGAUAAUGGCAAUGGAGGCUUGCAACAGCCAAGCCAUUUCCUAUGUACCAUUAUAUGAUACACUUGGCGCAAAUGCAGUGGAGUUCAUCAUAAACCAUGCUGAGCUGUCAAUAGCGUUUGUUCAAGAGAACAAGAUACCGGCUAUAUUAACGUGCUUGCCGAGAUGUAUUUCACAUCUGAAAACUAUUGUAAGCUUUGGAAAUAUUUCCACCGAGAAGAGAAAGGAAGCUGAAGAACUCGGUGUAGCUUGCUUUUCUUGGGAAGAAUUCAGUCAAAUGGGAAAUUUGGAUGAUGAACUUCCACCUAAAAGUAAGACUGAUAUCUGCACGAUUAUGUAUACCAGUGGAACGACUGGAGAACCUAAAGGUGUCAUUCUAAGUAACGGGGCAUUCAUGUCCGAAGUUUUAUCUGUGGAUCAACUACUCGUGGAAACAGACAAAGCAGGAACAACAGAAGAUGUAUAUUUUUCGUUCCUUCCAUUGGCUCAUAUAUUCGAUCAGAUAAUUGAGACGUAUUGCAUACUCAGCGGUGCCUCGAUAGGAUUCUGGCAAGGCGAUAUAAGAUACUUACUUGAGGAUCUUGUGGAAUUAAAGCCGACUAUAUUCUGUGGAGUACCAAGAGUUUAUGACCGCAUAUACACAGGCACAAUGGAUAAAAUAUUGGCUGGUGGCACGGUGAAGAAGCUACUUUUCGACUAUGCCUAUAACUACAAGUUGAAGAAUAUGGAAAAAGGGCUAAGGCACGAUGAAGCGGCCCCUUUCUUCGACAGGCUGGUGUUUGACAAGAUUAAACUAGCAUUUGGUGGUCGAGUUCGGCUUAUGCUAUCUGGAGCCGCUCCCUUGCCUAGGCACGUGGAGGAGUUUCUGAGGGUGACGUGUUGCUGUGUUUUGUCGCAAGGAUAUGGCCUUACUGAAAGCUGUGGGGGAUGCUUCACGUCCAUUGCCAAUGUGUUCCCGAUGACGGGGACUGUUGGUGUCCCGAUGACUACAAUUGAGGCGAGACUUGAGUCGGUGCCCGAGAUGGGAUACGAUGCACUUGGUAGUGUACCCCGUGGUGAAAUUUGUCUUCGGGGAAAGACAUUGUUUUCAGGGUAUCAUAAGCGGGAAGAUCUCACGAGAGACGUAGUAGUGGAUGGAUGGUUUCAUACAGGUGAUAUCGGGGAAUGGCAGCCCGAUGGAGCAAUGAAAAUCAUCGACAGGAAAAAGAACAUAUUCAAGUUGUCUCAAGGGGAAUACGUCGCUGUUGAAAGCCUGGAAAGCACUUAUUCUAGAUGCCCCCUCGUCGCAGCAGUUUGGGUGUAUGGAAACAGCUUCGAAUCGUUCCUGGUGGCCGUGGUGAUUCCCGAGAGAAAGGCGCUCGAAGAUUGGGCUCAAAACAAUCGGGAAACCGGAGACUUCGUAUCCCUGUGCAAGAAUCAAAAGGCGAGGAAGUACAUUCUUGAUGAGUUAAACAACACCGGUAAAAAACACCAGCUACGAGGUUUUGAAAUGUUACGAGCAGUCCACUUGGAGCCAACGCCUUUCGACAUCGAGAGGGAUCUAGUUACCCCCACAUUCAAGCUCAAAAGGCCACAGCUCCUCAACUAUUACAAGGAUUGCAUCGAUCAACUGUAUAAAGAAGCAAAGAACGUCUCGGCCUAAAACCCGUCAAGACAUGAGCCUGCUUGUUAAUGUAGUGUUGAUAACAAGCAGAUAUUAGUAUUGUUUCAUACAUCCAGUGAAGAAGAUGAUGAUUAUCUUCCUAUGUCUAUAUAAACUUCUGCGCUGUUAUUAUUUAUAUUCUGAAACCUUUCUGGGAAUAAGAUAAAGAUUGAAGCUUGAAAUAAGAUUCAGAUUUCCAAAA